UGGAAAAAACCAUAUGUGAAUAAAUUUAUAUGAUAAUGUUAAAGGAGAGGAGUGCAAAUGAAAACAAAGCUUUUCUGCCGUUUUUUUAGUUUAAGGCGUUAAAGUUGUUAAUAACUUAGUUAAGCGAAAAAAAAAAAAAAAUUAUUUGAAACGAGUAAUUAAGACUCAAUUUAAAAAAAUUAGUCACAUUAAAAUGACUACUGAAAUUGUUGGAAAUGGGACUGAGUUUCCUGAACAAGGUCCAAAACGUGAAAUAAAACUUCUUGAAACUGUUGAAGAUAUUCAAAAACGUCGAGAACAGGUUCUUCGAAGAUAUGGUGACUUUAAACAAGCUACAAAAGAACGUAGAAAACGAUUAGAAGAUGCAAAACUUCUUUGUCAAUUUAAAAGAGAUAGCGACGAAGUAGAAGUUUGGAUUGAAGAGAAAAUGAAAAUUGCUUCAGAUCAAAGUUUUAAAGAGCCAAUAAAUUUACAGGUUAAAUUACAAAAGCAUACAACAUUUGAAGCUGAAGUAAAAGCACAUUUGUUUAUGAUAGAGACGAUAGAAAGCAAAGGAAUGAUUAUGGUUAAUGAAAAUCACUAUGCAUCCGAUUAUGUUAUUAAGCGUAUUGAUGAGUUAAAGUUACUUUGGUCAUUACUGCUUCAACAAUCUCAAGAGAAAUCUUAUAUGCUUCUUUGCACACAGUCAAGGGUUAACAUUUUGCUUCAAAUCGAUGAGUUGUUGUACUGGAUUAUUGGAAAAGAAUCUAUUGUUGCAGAAGAAGAACCUAUUAGGGAUUUAGAGCAUGUCCAAUCGUUACAAAAGAACUUUGAUGCUUUUCAUAAAGAUUUGUUGGGUAAUGAAGUACGCAUUACAGAAGUAAAUGAAAUUUGCAAGAAGCUUUGUGAAGAGAAACAUCCUGAUACACAAGAAAUAAUAGCAAAAUGUGAAAAAUUAAAUUCAUCAUGGUAUACUUUGAUGGAACAUGUUCAAGAAAAAAAUAAGAAAUUGAUGGUGCUUUUUGAGUUGUAUCAUUUCUACAGAGAUGUUGAUGAGAGUCUUGUAUGGAUGAGCGAAAAAAAUGAUAUUUUGUCCAACCCAGAUAUAGGAGAUGAUUUACAAAGUGUCACUGCAUUACAAAGAAAACAUGAAACAUUAGAACGAGACCUUGCUGCUUUGUCUGUCAAAGUAUCAAUUUUAAAUAAUGAAGCCAGUGAUUUAAAGAAAAAGUAUGGUGAUGCUGAAAAAACUAUCAUUGAAAAAGAAAAUGAGCUGAGUUUGUACUGGAAAAAUUUGCAGGAAAAGGCUUUUGUUCGAAAAAAAAACUUAGCUGAUUCUUUCUGCUUGCAUAAAUUUCUUUCUGAAUCACGUGAUUAUCAGUCAUUUGUGAAUGAUAUGGUUUCGAUGAUUAAAACGGAUAAAAAAGGAAGCGAUGUUGAAAGUGCUAAAGCAUUGCAAGAAAUGCAUGAUGAGCACAAGGGUUAUAUCGAUGCUUCAGAAGAUGGGUUCGAAAAAACAAUUGCUCUUGGAAAAAAAAUUAUAGAAGAUGAGCAUUGUGGAAAGCCUGAUGUUGAAAAUGAGAUUGCAAUUUUACAAAAAGAGCGUCAAAAAGUCAUUGAGUGUUGGGUAGAGAAAAAAAAAGAAUACGACCAAGGACUAGAUUUUCAACUGUUUAUGAGAGAUGCUGAUCAAAUGGAAUCUAUAAUGGUUAAACAAGAAAAUUUCUUAUGCUCAGAACCUGAUAGCGAUUCAGUUGAUGGUGCAGACAAGUUGAAAAAGAAACAGGAAGAGUUUGAGAAUGCAUUACAGACUCAAGAGGAAAAAAUUGAGGCUAUUAUUGAGUUUGCAGAUCGCUUAGCUUCUCAAAAUCAUUCUGCUAUUCAAGAAAUUAAAGCAAAACAAGAACAUAUUAUAAACAGACGCAACAGAUUAUGGGAACUUGCAAGUUUACGUAGAUCAAAACUAGGUGAUUCAUCACAGUUUUACCAGUUUGAACGAGAAGCAGAGGAGACUAAGAUAUGGUUACAAGAAAAACUGAAAGUAGCACAGGAUGAAUGUUUUCGUGAUCCAAUUAACUUACAAGGCAAGAUUCAAAAACAACAUGCAUUUUUGUUAGAACUCAAUGCAAAUAAAUCUAGAAUUGAUAGCGUGAAAGAAAGAGGCCAUGAACUGAUUGAUAGUGCUCACUAUGCCAAAAAUGAAAUUUUAACAUUAAUCAAUGAAGUUGAAAUGGGAUGGGAAGAAGUUAACCUAAAAGCUGAAGAAAAAACACAGCGACUUUCUGAAGCAAAUUUGGAACAACAAUUUGUAAGAAGUAUUGAAGAUUUUGAAAUGUGGCUAGGUGAAACAGAAAUGCAUUUGGAGUCUGAUGACCUUGGAAAAAACUUAGCAAGUGUAAAGAAUCUACAGAAGAAAUUAAAUUUGUUAGAGGCAGAUGUUCUUUCUCACAAGGAGCCACUUCAAGUUAUAAAAGAGGCAGCAUCUCAAUUCAUAGCUAACAAUCACUUUAAUUCUGAAGCAAUACUAAUAAAACAAGCUUCAGUAGCUGAUCGUUAUAGCCGUAUUGACAUUCCUCUUCAUAAGCGUAAGACAGAUUUAGAAAAUUCUAGAAAAUAUCAUCAGCUCCUACAUGAUAUAGAAGAUGAAGAAAGUUGGAUUAAAGAAAAGGAACCAAUUGUUUCUUCAUUGCACACCGGAAAAGAUUUGAUAGGUGCUCAAAAUCUCUUGAAAAAACAUCAAGCUUUAGUGGCCGAAAUAUCUCUUCAUGAAAAAGAUAUUGCAGAAGUUUGCUUAACAGGGAAUAAUUUAGUUAAAGAAGGUCACUAUGCUUGUGAGGAUAUCAAAACAAACAUUGAAUACUUAAGUAACUUGUGGAAUGAUUUGAAGAAUCGAAGUGAUCUACGUAUGAGAGAGUUGUUGGAUGCCAUUGAAACUCAUCAAUACAUUGCUGAUGCUGAUGAUGCUGAAUCUUGGAUUAUAGAGAAAGAGCCACUCGCUAGUAACUCUGAAUAUGGGAAAGAUGAAGACACAGCUCAGGCGAUGCUUAAAAAACAUAAAGCUCUUAUGGCAGAUAUUGAAGCUUUCAGUGCAAUUAUUAAUGUCUUGAAUGAACAAAGUCAGAAAUGCAAGCCAUUUAUAUUUGGUGACCUGUCUAAUAAAGAAGUUGUUGAAGUUAUACAAAACUACGAUGAAAAAAAUCCACAUGAAAUUUCUAUAGAAAAAGGACAGAUUUUAACAUUAUUGAACAGCUCUAAUAGAGAAUGGUGGAAAGUUGAAAGUGAUGACCGCCAAGGGUUUGUUCCAAAAGAAUGUUUGCAAAAAGUUGACUCAUUCAAAGCAUCUCAAGACAUUUUGUCAAAUAUUACCGAGACUGAAAGUAUUGCAAGUCGUCAAGAAAAGUUAAAUAAAAGGUACAAUGAUUUAAUUACUAAUGCUCAACAAAGAAAUAUUAUGUUGCAAGAGUCUAUAAAAAAGAAUGCAAUGUUGCGCAAAGUUAAGCAGAUUCAAUCCUGGAUUCAGGAUUCGGAAGCUGUUAUCAUGUGCUCGGAAGUUGGAGUUGACAUGGAUGAUGUUGAAGCUCUUCAGAAGAAGUAUGAUGAGUUUGAAAAGAAUAUGGUUUCUCAAGAACAAAGAAUUACAGAGUUGCGAUUGUUGUGCUCUCAACUUAAAGAAGAAAAUGCAAGUGAAUAUGAAAAAGUAAAUGCAGUUCUUGAGAAUGUUUCUCAGCAAUGGGGCAAAAUGUUAGAGAAUGCUUCACACCGGAAAAAAGUUUUAGAGAGUUCUAGUGAAAUUCACAAGUUCCAUCGUGAUGCUGAUGAUGCCAAGGCUUGGAUAGAUGAAAAAAGUAUUUCAUUAUCAUCAAUAGACUAUGGUAAAGAUCUUGCAAGUGUUCAGUCAUUGCAAAGAAAACAUGAGGUCUUAGAAAGAGACUUAGCUGCAUUGGAAGAAAAGGUUAAUUCACUUAAUGCAGAAGCUGGAAAGCUCAUGGACAACCAUUUAACAUCUGCUGAUUUAAUAAAAGAAAAGCUUAAUGACUUAACUGAAAAUUGGUCAGAGCUAACGAGAAAAGCUAAUGAAAGAAAAGCAAAGUUGAAUGAAUCGUAUGCUUUCCAGAAAUUUCUUAAUGAUUAUCGAGAUCAGCUAUCUUGGAUUCAAAGUAUUAAUUCAUUAGUUUCAUCUGAUGACCUAGCAUCAGAUGUUGUGGAAGCUGAAGCUAUGCUAGAUAGACAUCAGGAACAUAAGUUUGAAAUGGAUUCUCAUGAGCUUACAUUUGACAACUUUAAUGCAUUUGGUGAAAGGUUGAUAGAGGAAAAACAUUGUAAUUCCCUUGAAAUAGCUGAGAAAAUUCAGGAGAUAAAAACAAGCAGAGAACAUCUAGAGAUAUUGUGGAACAAACGUAAAAAAACCUUAGAUGAAAAUAUGGAUGAGAUGCUUUUUAAUAGAGAUGCAGAACUUGCAGAAUCUUGGAUGGCAGCAAGAGAAACUUCAUUGAAAAAUGAAGACAAUGAGUCAACUGAUGUGCUAAUGAAGAAACAAAAAGAUUUUGAAAAAGCCAUAGCUAUUCAGGAGGGUAAAAUUCAAGUGUUGCAACAAACAGCAGAAGACUUGAUUAAUGCAAAACAUUACAAUAAUGAAAUUAUUAGUUCAAGAAUUGUAGCUGUCAUGGCCAGAUGGGAAACAUUGAAAGAAGCUUUAGUAGAUAGAAGAUCAAAACUGGGGGAAUCUCAAUCCCUGCAAUCAGUAAGCAAAGAUUUGGAUGAUAUUGAAUCUUGGAUAAGUGAAAAGUUACAAUCUGCGUUAGAUGAAUCAUAUAUGGACCCAUCAAAUAUUCAGGGAAAAUUGCAAAAGCAUCAGGCAUUAGAAGCAGAGGUAUCAUCUAAUAAAGACAGAGUUCUCAGUACUGUUAGUAUUGGAAAUGGUUUAAUUAAACAGAACAAGUGUAAAGGAAGUGAAGAACAUAUUAAAGAAAGGUUAGAUAACAUAGAGUCAACAUGGAGAACACUUUGUGAAUGCUGUAAAAUAAAAACCAAAAAACUUUUGGAAGCUAGUGAGCAACAAGCCUUUUCACAUGAUGCACAAGAUCUUGAUUUUUGGCUUGGAGAGAUUGAGAAAGUUUUGUCUUCGCCUAAUUGUGGUUCUAAUCUUUCGGAUGUCCAGAAUCUUUUAAAAAAACAUCAGUUUACAGAAGCUGAUAUUUUUGCUCAUGAAGAACGCAUAGUUAUGCUGCAAGUACUCUGUAAACAUUUUGUAGAAGUCAAACAUUUUGAUGCCUCUAAAAUAUUAGAAACCACUGACAAUAUUGUUAUGCGGUUCAACAAUUUAAAGAUACUUGCUUCCAACCGAAAGAAUAUGUUGGAAUCCAGUUUUGCAUUAUAUCAAUACUAUAGAGAUAUAGAUGAUCAGGAGUCUUGGAUUAGAGUGAAAAAAGUACUUGCAUCUUCACAGGAUUAUGGUCAAGAUGUUACAAGUUGUCAAAAUUUACAAAAGAAGGCCCAGCGUUUAAUUGCAGAAAUAAAAACUUUUGAACCGCAAUUUGAACAAAUUCUAUCAAAAAUUGAUUAUUUUAAAGAGAAAGAACCUACCUGUACUGAAAAAAUUAAUGCUCGAUGUGAACAGCUUAAAAACAAUUGGAAUGAAUUGACUCAACUUGCUAAUAACAGGAAUAAAUUGUUAGUUGAAGCACAAGAAUACCAGCAAAUUGUAUCUGACAUCCAUGUUGAAUUUUCUUGGAUUGCAGAAAAACAAAAAUUAGUAUUGAGUGAGGAUUAUGGAGACACUUUAGCUGCCAUUCAAGGUCUUUUAAAGAAACAAGAAGCUUUUUGUAAUGAUUUAUGUGUUCAUAAAGUGCGAUUUGAAAACAUUCAAAAGCAAGGAAAGAAGCUGAUUGAAGAGAACAAUUUCAAAAAAGUCACUAUUAAAGAGAAGAUAGAUGAGCUCUCUGUUAAAUUUGCAGCUUUAGACAAAGAUGCUGGAUUGCGUCAACAUAAACUUAAUGAUAACAAUUCAUUCUUACAGUUUAAAUGGAAAGCUGAUGUCGCUGAAUCAUGGAUUGAAGAAAAAGAAAAAUAUCUUAAAGUUGAUCACUUUGCAAAAGAUCUAUUUAGUGCACAAAAUUUAAUAACACGACAGGAUGCUUUUGAAGCUGGUUUAUCAGCAUUUGAAUUGGAUGGAAUUGCACGUAUAACAGUAUUAAAAGAAGAGCUUGUUAGUUCGCAGCAUGAACAAUCAGCUGCAAUUGUUGAAGCAUAUAAGAAUUUACUUGCAAGAUGGCACGAUCUAUUGAAUUAUACUGCUAAACUGCGACAAUCAUUGAUUGAACAACAAAAGUACCAUCAAAUGAUUGAAGAUUUGUUUUUGAUCUUUGCAAAAAAAGCAUCUGCAUUUAACAGUUGGUUUGAAAAUGCUGAAGAAGAUUUAACUGAUCCUGUUCGCUGUAAUUCUGUUGAACAAAUUAAGGAAUUAUUAGAUUCACAUUCUACUUUUCGAAACUGCCUCAGUCAACCAAAAGCUGAUUUUGCACAAUUAAUUGAUUUGGAUUCUCAGAUAAAAGCCUAUAACAUUAACUACAAUCCAUACACAUGGUUUGAUAUGGAGGCUUUAGAAGAAACUUGGAAGAAACUACAGGAGACAGUGAAAGACCGAGAAGUUGAGCUGGAAAAAGAAGCACGGCGUCAGGAUUUUAACGAUGAACUUCGGCAAUCAUAUGCUUCAAAAGCAAAUCUCUUUCAUAAAUUUUUAGAAGAAACCAAAGAAUUAAUGGUUGACUUAUCUGGCAGUUUAGAAGAUCAACUUAAAACUUUAAAAAACACCUCAAAUAUUAUUCAGGCAAAGCGUGAUGAUUUAGAUAAUAUUGAGAUCUUAGGAGCACAGUUGGAAGAAGCAAUGAUUUUAGAUAAUAAAUAUACCGAACACAGUACUGUAGGUUUAGCACAGCAAUUUGAUCAGUUGAAUCAACUUAAUAUGCGCAUGCAGCAAAAUCUUGAUCAUCAGAUACAAGCCAAGAACAGAACAGGCGUUUCUGAAGAAAAGCUUAAAGAAUUUACUUCUAUGUUUAAACACUUUGAUAAAGAUCGAACAGGUUUCUUAGAGCAUCAAGAGUUUAAAUCAUGUCUUCGAUCAUUAGGAUACAAUCUACCGCUUGUUGAAGAAGGGGCAGAUGAUCCUGAGUUUAAAUCGAUUUUAUUUACCGUUGAUCCAAACAAUGAUGGUGUUGUAUCACUAAAUGAAUAUAUAGCAUUUAUGAUAAGUCGCGAGACUGAGAAUGUAAAAUCUGCUAAAGAAGUCGAUGAAGCAUUUAGAGCUAUAACUGACGGUGGAAAACAGAUAUACGUCACUGAGCAAGAGUUAUAUCAGGCUUUAACUCGUGAGCAAGCUGAAUUCUGUAUGUCUCGUAUGAAAACUUACGUUGACAAGAAUGGAAGAGAAUUGCCAGGUUACUUUGAUUAUGGUUUGUUUUGCGAAGAACUGUUUGUUGCAUAAAUUACUACUGAAGAAUUAAUCAGAACACGAGUAGCUGCAGUAUAUGGUUAUUAGUUUUUAUUAAUCUUCUCGGCAGUAAUUUUUACUUUUGAUGAUAAACAAUCAGAUGGAAACAAUCAAAAGAGUUAACCACUUUUUUUUUUUUGUUAUCUAUUUUGAAAUAUUGUAAUAUUGGAUUUUACAUCAUGUACCAUUGGCUUGUCGGAUGUUAGAUCCUCGGUUUAUUGGGUGUUACAUGAUAUACUUUUGAGUUGCUGGAUGUUACAUUUAUAAUACUAUUUUCAGUUAAUCGAUUGUAAAAAAAUAUAUAAUAAGAAUAUCCAUUUAUAUGGCAAGCAAGUAUAUUAAUUCACCGA